AUGAAUGAAAUACCUACAUCAGAGGUAGUUGAAAGUAAAAAACUGAUUGAGAAAAAGAAAAAUGGCGAAAAGAAGUUUCCCAUAGAUCUCCUAAAAAGCAGGGAUGCUAUGGAAUUUUUACAGUGGCACAUGAAAGAUGCACUUUACUUUGGAUGCAUAUCAUACGUCCCUUGGCUUCCUCACUCGGCCAUCAUAAUAGCACAUGAAUUAUGCAUGAUCAUCACAUUUGAGUUCCAGGCUAAAGAUGUACUACUAGAUAGCUUAAGAAGAAUUUGA